AUGACAUCGAACAAACGCGUCAAACGUAUAAAAGCAAUUGAUAGUUUUGAUUUUGAAUCAUUCGUUCGCGCACAUCCACCAACAGAUUUAGCUGAUACUUUGAUGCUAAAACUCGGUAUAAGAACGUACAAUGGUUUUAUUCAAUGCGAAGAUUUGCAAAAGGAAUUGCUUUCUGUACAUGAUUCAAUGAAUGAAAAAGACAAACAGAGUUUAUUUUUGUAUAAUACAUCAUCAUCGUUAUCAGCUCUUAUUCAAGUUAAACCAGGAAUAUUACGAGAAUUUAAUCUUUUUCGACAAGAAUGUAAAAUACAUGUUAAUAACCGCAAAACAAAUUAUAUUAAUUCAGGUAGAAACAUAAUCUAUAAAGGAAAUAAAUGA